GAGGAGAUCAGUUGAGUCAGGCUGUUCAAAGUGGAAACACCGUUCGACAGGGACACUGUAUAAAAAUAAAUAUAUUUUAUUUUUUUUGCUAGACCGCAUUGUAUACAGAGAGUGUUUGAAUUACAGUUGAAACUCUAUAGUAGUGGUCGCGUGAUUCAUCGUGUUUGGUUUUACGUCGAAGCUGUCGCCGAUUUAGGUCUGAACACCAAGUGCCUAUCGUUGCAAAAGCAAACCAGUGAUUAGUAAUCUCACAAUGUCGUGGUACUAUACGGCUAAACCCACCGUGCUCCCGGUGGAAGAUUUCAACCCGUCGGCAGAUGCUGCAGCCCUGCGUAAAGCAAUGAAAGGCUUCGGAACGGACGAACAGGCCAUCAUCGAUAUCCUGUGCGCCCGUUCCAACUGGCAGCGUCAGGUCAUAUCGGAAACGUUCAAAAAUGAACUGGGUAGAGACCUGCUCAAAGACCUGAAAUCGGAGCUGGGCGGUAAAUUCGAAGACGUCAUUCUCGGGCUGAUGUUGCCGCCGGUCAAUUACCUCUGCAAACAGCUGCACAAGGCCAUGGAUGGUAUCGGUACUAACGAGCGUGCCGUUAUCGAGAUUCUUUGCUCGCAAAACAACGAACAAAUGCAACACGUCGCUCGAGUUUAUGAGGAAAUGUACAACCGCCCAUUGGCGGAACAUGUUUGCACAGAAACUUCCGGUGACUUUCGACGAUUGCUCACACUGAUUAUCACCGGAACGCGUGACGUCCCUGGUACGGUCGAUCCAGAUCUCGCCAUUGAACAAGCAAAGCAGAUGUACGAUGCCGGCGAAGGUCAGUGGGGUACGGACGAAUCUGUUUUCACCAAGAUCAUGGCCCAUUCAAGCUUCGACCAGCUGGAAUACGUUUUCGACGAGUACAAGAAACUGACCGGCCGCACUAUCGAACAGGCCUUGAAAGCCGAAGUGAGCGGAGACCUGUACAAUGCUCUGAGUGCGAUCGUGGAAUGUGUCCAGAUGGCCCCGCAUUUCUUCGCCAAGCGCCUAUUCGAAGCCAUGGACGGCUUGGGCACGGAUGACACCACCUUGAUAAGAAUUAUUGUGUCGCGAUCGGAAAUUGACUUGCAGAACAUCAAGGACGAGUACGAGCAGAUGUACAACAAAACGUUGAUGAGUGCAGUGAAGAGUGAAACUUCUGGCGACUACAAGAAAGCUCUAUGUGCCUUGAUUGGAGAUGCCUAAAACCACCGAGUGUAAUUUUAACAUUAGAUCCUCAAAACAAAUAUUGUAUGUUAUAUGUUAAUGCUAUAUGUGCGUUUUUUAUGGAUAACAUUUUUCGUAAAUCCGUAGUAAAAUGCUAUCUAAAAAAAAUGCUUGUGGCAUUCAAAAGUAUUUUAAACACAGUCGACAAACAAGUGCCAAGAACCUACUGUGGACCAUUUUUGUCCUGGCUCUGUAGGCACUGUAACUCAUAAAUAUACAUUCUACAAGAUAUUAGGCCACUGGCGGAGAUGGGUUCGUGUCUCAAAAACUCCUAUAGCUAACACCAAUUGGCGAAAUAAUUGUCUACCUAAAACGCAUCAAUCAUUUCAAGCACAUAUUAUUUAUUUCUUUUAUUGUACGUAAAAGCAUAAUCGAAAAAUAAACAUCUUGAUUUGUCAAAUAAA